UGAAGCAUUUUGCUCGCGAUACUUUUUGAUUUGAGCUCAGUGUUAAUUAAGACGCGAACUAAGUGGGUUCAGUUCAGUUUCCGCGUGUGUUCCAAAAGAAAGGCAAACAAAACAAAACAAAACACAAAAGAACAACAGAUACAAAAAAGAAAAACAAAACAAACUAAAAAGUUUAGAAGCAAAACAAUAAGAGAUCAUCAAAAUAAACAUAAACCAGUCGCACAGCAGCAAGGCAGUUCAAAAAAUCGCAAACCACAAUUUAAACGAAACCGAACGGAGAAGAAGUGAAAGAAAAAAAAAAAACGAUUGUUGAAACUCAUUUCGGAGGAAUUAAUUGAAUACUGAACACUACAUAAUGUGCGGAAUUUUUGCCUAUUUGAACUACUUGACUCCCAAGUCCCGCUCUGAGGUUUUGGAAUUAUUGGUCAAUGGUCUUAAACGUUUGGAAUACCGUGGUUAUGACUCCACAGGCGUUGCUAUCGAUGGGCCCAACACCAAGGACAUUGUUAUGGUGAAAAGUGUUGGCAAAGUCAAAGUUCUGGAGGAUUCCAUUGCAAAGAAUUUUAGCGGCAAAGAAUAUGACGAACCCAUAAAUAUUCACGUUGGCAUUUCUCAUACUCGUUGGGCAACUCAUGGCGUUCCUUGUGAAAAAAAUUCUCAUCCCCAGCGUUCAGAUUUUGACAACAGUUUCGUUGUGGUGCACAAUGGCAUUGUUACCAACUACAAAGAUGUCAAAACUUAUUUGGAAAAAAGAGGCUACGAAUUUGAAUCGGAUACAGAUACGGAAGUUAUUGCCAAAUUGGUUCAUCAUUUGUGGAAGAAACAUCCCGGAUAUUCAUUCAGAGAAUUAGUUGAACAGGCUAUUCAACAAUUUGAAGGAGCUUUUGCCAUUGCCAUGAAAUCAAAAUACUUCCCCGGAGAGUGUGUUGCCUCCAGACGUGGCUCGCCAUUAUUGGUGGGCAUCAAAACCAAAACUCGUUUGGCCACCGAUCAUAUACCCAUCCUCUAUAGCAAAGACGAUAAGAAGCAACAAAGUGAACAAGAAACCGAAACUGGCAAACCACAAGAACAUCGUCCAUAUGUACAAAAUCGUGAUUUAUCAGUUCUGCCGCGUUCGGAGAGUACUUCAGAAUUCUUACCUAUGGAGCAGAAAGAAGUGGAGUAUUUCUUUGCAUCCGAUGCCUCAGCUGUCAUUGAGCACACAAAUCGUGUCAUCUAUUUGGAGGAUGAUGACGUCGCUGCCGUUCGCGAUGGCUGUUUGAGCAUUCAUCGCUUAAAGAAAUCCACUGACGAUCCCCAUGCUCGUGAAAUUAUCACUCUGAAAAUGGAAAUCCAACAAAUCAUGAAAGGCAACUAUGACUACUUCAUGUUAAAGGAAAUCUUCGAACAACCCGAGUCUGUGGUCAAUACAAUGCGUGGCCGCGUUCGUUUUGAUACGAACUCUAUUGUUUUGGGCGGCAUCAAGGACUACAUUCCAGAAAUAAAACGCUGUCGGCGUCUGAUGUUGAUCGGAUGUGGUACUUCGUACCAUAGCGCUGUUGCAACUCGCCAGCUUCUGGAGGAACUAACCGAACUGCCUGUUAUGAUUGAAUUGGCUUCAGAUUUCCUCGAUCGUAAUACCCCGAUUUUCCGCGAUGACGUCUGUUUUUUUAUUUCACAGUCAGGUGAAACUGCCGACACAUUGAUGGCCUUGCGUUAUUGCAAGCAACGUGGUGCUCUCAUUGUCGGUAUCACCAAUACAGUUGGCAGCAGUAUCUGUCGUGAAUCUCACUGUGGUGUUCACAUCAAUGCCGGUCCUGAAAUUGGUGUGGCCUCCACAAAAGCCUAUACAUCUCAAUUUAUCUCAUUGGUAAUGUUUGCUCUGGUAAUGUCUGAGGAUCGUUUGUCCCUGCAGCAAAGACGUUUGGAAAUUAUUCAAGCACUCUCUAAACUGGAACAUCAGAUUCGUGAGGUGCUUAAACUUGAUUCGCAAGUGCAGGAACUGGCUAAAGAUCUUUAUCAGCAUAAAUCGCUUUUGAUUAUGGGUCGCGGCUAUAACUUCGCCACUUGUAUGGAAGGUGCCUUGAAAGUUAAGGAAUUGACCUACAUGCACAGUGAAGGCAUCAUGGCUGGAGAAUUGAAGCAUGGUCCCCUAGCACUUGUUGAUGACUCUAUGCCCGUUCUCAUGAUCGUUCUACGUGAUCCUGUCUAUGUGAAAUGCAUGAACGCCUUGCAACAAGUCACAUCCCGUAAAGGCUGUCCCAUACUUAUAUGUGAGGAAGGUGAUGAGGAAACCAAAUCAUUCAGUUCCCGCAGCUUAGAAAUUCCUCGCACAGUUGACUGUCUCCAAGGAAUUCUUACCGUUAUUCCUAUGCAACUGCUCUCCUACCACAUUGCUGUUCUUCGUGGCUGUGACGUCGAUUGCCCGCGCAAUCUGGCUAAAUCUGUGACUGUUGAAUAGAAUCAGCCAGCAGCUUAGCAGAGAGAAAAAUUUUACUAUAUGAACGCGUUAGACUGUUGAUAUAAAUCUAUUCGUUUUUAAGUGUGUGUACUCUUAUUGUAUAGACGCUUUGUGCAAUUACUGAAUACCAAUGGGCUAAGUGAGUCCAAAUGAAUUUUACAUUUUUCGGUUAUACUCAACUUACAUCAUCAAAUCUUUUUCUAAAGUGUAUUAGACGAUAAAAUUAAAAUGUAUAUAUCUAUUUCGU